AUGUCCAACAACGAAUAUAUCAUUAAUGAAGGUGGUCAUGCAGCAAGAAAUGUGACACCAUCCCCAACCCAGGAGAACACGACUCAAACUACGCAAUCAAGUUUGCGAGUUGGAAGCAUUGUUUUCUCGAUCUUCUCUCUGAUAUUUUUGAUCAUAUCACUUGCCGCUCCUUGGUACUACACUUCAGUCGAAACCACCUAUUACAACAGAGAUACGACAAUUGAAGUAACCAACUUUUUGGCGUAUGCAGAGACGUCUAUCUUUACCUACGGUAACUUAAAUGAGAAAACCAAGGUAUGGAUGAAACCAGGCAGUKMCUUCAACCAAUUUCUCUGGGCGCUCUCAUUGAUGAUCGUUGCACUCUUCUCGCUGGUGGCCUCAAUUGCAAUUGAUUUCAAGCGCCCGUCCUCAAAGAAACUCUCACUUAUCCAAUUCCUGACUACUUCMYUUGCCAUGYUCCUGACGGCUCUGGCCUGGUCUGUCUGGAUCGGAGUCACAGUCGAGAGAGCAGGUGGUACCUUGACGAACRCGAMCKACKACACCAUCMRAAAGCCCAUGUGGGGAYUUUGGAUUGGCCUGMUCGCUAUGACCACAUUGAUCAUCACCAGCRUCCUCAGGGGACWCAUCUAUAGAGGCAUGCCGAAGAUGAUAACUGUACACCCAGGAAGUGACCACAUCCAGGUCAUCCAGGGCGCCCCAUUGACCAACCCUAACCAGCCACAGUCACAGUACCACCCAGGCAGUGGCCACAUCCAGGUCAUCCAGGGCGCCCCAUCGACCAACCUUAWUCAGCCACAGUCACAGUAYCAGCAGAUCACUGUGGCUGUUCCACCCAAUGUGGUCGUGGACRCCCAGCAGAUGUACCGUCUGGACCUCCAGUUCGUGCCUURUGGAUUCAGUGCCACCGGUCAACAACUGUUCUCGCAACAAUAUAUGCUGCAGCCAUGCUCCCCUCCACCGUCCGAGGCACCUCUCAGUGCA